AUGUCACUAAUGAAAAGUGUCAAAAAUUUAGGCCAAAGUUCAACAGAGAUCAAGACUAGAAGCGCUACAAAUGAUGACGAGGUGAACGGUGCUACGGGUUCUUUGAUGAAUGAGCUUUCAGUGCUUACUUACAGUCCGAGGACUCUGCGCGAAAUAACACAGGUUAUCCGAAAGCGAUUGAGCGGGAAUUACCGCAAAAGCUCGCACACUAAUGCAGUUCACAUACUCAAGACUUUGACACUGGUGUCUUAUUUGAUAAACAAUGGGUCCAACGAGUUUGUAGCGUGGGUUCGCUCUUACUCGUAUCUAAUAGAUACCCUCAAAGAGUUCAGCAUAAGCAGUCGAGGCAACGAGACGAUGGCAGUCCAAAUACGAAGUCUCGCAACAAACCUUUCGGGGCUUUUGCGAGAUGACCUGCUUCUGCGACAACGCCGAAGUGAUGUGACACUAUUCAGAUCAAGCAUAUCAACGCCCGGCCGCAAAUCUACAGACAACAGUCAUUUGAAGAUGGCCCCAGGGGGGGUUGCAAUAAGACGCAGUAAUGAGAAUCAUACACGAAGCCUGGACUUAAAGCGGUGGUGUGCACCCAGUCCUCUCAAGCACACGAUUGAGCCGUUUCAAGAGCGAACGGAGGUUUUGGGACCGCUGCGGGAAGAAGAGCCUGUUGAUAAGGAAAAUACGGUGACAACGAGCUACAGAGACGACAAAUUCAAUGACGAAGGUAUAUACACGCGUCGUGGGGUUACGCGACGUCUUCCCAAUCGGAUUUUGCUGUAG